CGACCCCGAUAUGACUGCUCUCACGACUCGCGACGCCUACGCCGGCAUGCCCGUGCCAGAGCAGGCCAUGUCCAUCCUCACGAAACUCUUUGACGAAGCCGAAGUCCCGCCCGAAGUGCAAAACAUAGCGCGAGCUACGGUGUUCACCGGGACAUCCGAACCUAUCCUCCCUCUUCCCCACAAGCACUUUGCCAUUGCAGCCGCCCUGCAAGGCCUGUUCGGAGCCUUUGCGAGCCACAUCCUCGCGACCCGCACAGACAAACCCCCGGCGACCGUUUCCGUCAACGCUGAUCACGCAGGCCUCUCCCUCGCCGGACUGAUGCUAGUCCAGGUGGACGGCAAACCCCUCUGCCAGGCGCUGAAGCAGAUACCCAAGGUCCCAGCUGAGGACCCGUUAUGGUACCUGCCCAUCAAGUCCCUGGUAUCUUCGGUAUAUCGAUGCGCGGACGGCGCGUACUUCCACCCGCACGGCUCCCUAAACCCGCGCUUCACGAUAGCGGCGAUGGGCAUUGACCCAGAUCUCGACGCGGACCAGCAGGGCACGCGGGACGCCGUGCAGGCAUUCGUGGGCCAGCGGUCUGCCGCGGAGAUGCUGCAGUGGUCCAUGCGCCUGGGCAUCCCUGGUGACGUUUGUCUGAAGCCGGAGGAGUUUGACGAUAGCGACCACGGCCGCGUUGCGUCCGCCUGGAAGCUCGUCACCCCGCAUGCCCGCCUCGAGGACUUCACCCUAUCGGUGCCGCUGUCAAAGGGCCCGGACGUCAGACGUCCGCUCGACGGAAUCAAGGUCCGGUGCAGUUCCGCGUCCGCGUAUGAUUACCGCUGGGCUAUUAUGGCUAAUGCGGUUGCGUUGCAGGUCGUCGAGAUGACGCGGGUGCUCGCGGGGCCUGCCAUCGGACGCCAUCUGGCGGAGCUCGGCGCGACCGUCGUGCGCUUCAUAGCACCCACUCUACCUGAUUACGGAUUCUACUUUCAGCCGGACUGCAACUUGGGGAAACGCGCUGUGCACAUCGACCUUCGCACCGAGAGGGGGAAGGCGCAGCUGAGACACCUGCUGCAGGACGCGGACGUCUUUGUGCACGGGUACAGACCGGGCGUAAUCGAGCGUCUCGGAUUCGGCAGCGAAGUGCUGAACCAGAUUGCUGUGAAGCGUGGAAAGGGCUUUGUUAUUGUCUCUGAGAACACUUAUGGGCAUGAGGGUCCGUGGGCAUGGAGACCUGGCUUCCAGCAAAUCGCAGACGUAGUAUCUGGUCUGGCUUGGGAAACAGGCGAGGCCUGCGGGCAGGACAUGCCAAUCGUGCCCUGCUGGCCUAUCACCGAUUACUGCACCGGGAUCAUGGGUGCCAUCGCCGUCCUGCAGGGCCUGCUCAAGCGUGCCCGACUCGGUGGAUCUUGGCACGCCCCCGUUUCUCUGCUGCAGUACACCCUCUUCGCACGCAAGCAGGGCCAGUACCCCCACGAAUACGUUCGAGCACUGCAUGCUGCCGGGCCUCGACACACGGGCGCGGACGCCAUGCCCGCUAUGACCGCGGCUCAGAUCGCCCACCUGCAGGAAGACUACCCGGGCUUGUUCGACCCCUCGUUCUUCGAAACAUCGGGGUCGUCCUACGGCACGAUCCGCCACCUGAAGCGCGUGGUCCGGUUCGUCCAAGACGACGAGGUGCCCAGUGGGUUUGGAUACAGCCCUGCCUGGGGGGAGAGUAAGGUUGGGUGGAAUGAUGAUGACGCGGAGGUGCUGGAGGCUGAGCUUCAGCGAGCCGGGUUGUAACACGGUUUUGGAUCAUUGAAAUCGCCUGUAUCGCACGAUUGGUUUGUGCUUGUGCCUGUUGAUGUAUCCCUAGGGCUGGAAUCGGAGCCGCAUACUAUACACCCAUAGACGGUAUGCUUAUAUCCUCCCUUAAACUUAACUAUAUAGACCAUUCUUGGAUUAUUAGCGUUGUCUUCUUGGAUAGUAGCAUGCACAACAUUCUCUUGAUAUUCUC